AUGGCGGAAAUGUACAAUUGGAAGUCAGAGGAGCUGACCAUGAUGACAUUCGAGCAGAUGAACCAACCUGUUGUGGAAGAGUGCUACAUGAGCUUACCAUUUGAACAUCAAGCUCCACAAUACAAACCAGUAAAUAAACUCCAAGCUUACAAAAUGUACGGGAACGCUGAGGAGAUGACUGAGAUGGAGUUAGUGGAACCAUCUGAGGUGAAGCCGCUGCUGUCCAAAAGCAGCUCAACAGUCGAAGGAGACAUCGCUGCUGAUGGAAAUCCUGAUCCUCCGCAGCCGGACUCGGACGGCUGGACCAAACUUCAGCCUGAGGUGGUCCACACAAAAGCGUCCAGGGCUCCCACUUACAGCCUUGUUUCUGAGCCGGGUCACUUUGAGUGCAGUGUCUCUGGUCUGCGCUGGGUCUGUGAGCAGAAAUCCAGCUUUGAGUAUCGGUUCUGCUCCUGGGACGGACACAUGGAGCGGAUGGAGAGCAGGCAGUACUCCCCUGCUGGUCCUCUGAUGGACAUCACAGUCACUGCUGGGAAGCUCGCCGAGGUGCAGCUGCCUCACUGGGUGUGCACAGAGGGCGUCCCCGACUUGCUGGGUAAUUUCGCAGUUCUGCACAUGGAUGGCUGCGGAGAAGUUCUGGAAAAAGUCUCUGGGGUCACACCGACGCACGUCAAGCUAACCGAGCCGAGCUUCACCUCGCUGGGAUCGGUGAUAAAAUCCAUCUUCAGGGUCAAAAUCAACUGUAGCAUGUUGAUAUAUUAUCAACCUGAGACAUCGUACCUUAAACUCCGCGUCUACCUGAUCCCACAAGAUCCUGCCCUUCAACAGAACGUGCAUUACGAGGAAACUGCCAGUGGAUAUGAGGCGAUCAAAAAGCCCCGGCCGGACAGGCCUCUGAAGAUAAACCAAGGCUUCACCCUCACAGCCAGCACAGAGGCUGCCAGGAUUCAGCCAAAGAAAAUAACUCUCAGGUAUGACAGCCUAGACCCAAACUUCUACGAGCUGUUCAUGGAGAAUCCGAGCCAGACCUUUAUCCUUGAACUCCAGCAGACCAAGUCAAAAAACGAGGCAGCCGUGUGGAGCUGUGAGAUUAGAAAAGAUGACUACCCAAAAUCAGGCGAUGUGGAAGCAGGACCCUCAGGUGGAACGACUGGUGACCCGACGCCGGCUGAUGAUGAACACUUUGUGGACAAACACAUGGCGGAGUUGAUCCAGAGAGUGACGAACACCAAACCCAUCCUGGAUGCCCUCCUAAAGAAGAAGGUGAUCCAGAGUGAGCAGUAUAAAGCGAUCCGGGCUCUGCCUGGAUCUGAGGACCAGGUCCGGGAGCUGUACUGCGGCCCUCUGAGGGCGGCCAGAGCCUGCAAAGACAUCUUCUGCUCGCUGCUUCGGACCAAUGAGCCGCUCCUCAUGGCCGAGCUCAGCAAGAGGAAGUGAAGCGGGAGCCUGGACGAUCCACAGGGACAGGAACUGUUACUCUAAAGGCUAAAGGCUAAAGGCAAAUCACAUGUUGUGCCAGAAAAUACAAACUG